GAAGAUAGCCUUUCAAUGAAAAGAAAGAUUCAUGGCAGUGAUGCUCACCCAUCUGUGGCCAUGACACUGAACAAUAUAGGUGAAUUGCAUAGAGAACUGGGUGAAUAUACCACUGCCUUGAAAUACUAUGAAGAUAGCCUUUCAAUGAAAAGAAAGAUUCAUGGCAGUGAUGCUCAUCCAGAUGUGGCCAUGACACUGAACAAUAUAGGUGAAUUGCAUAGAGAACGGGGUGAGUAUACCACUGCCUUGAAAUACUAUGAAGAUAGUCUAUCAAUGAAAAGAAAGAUUCAUGGCAGUGAUGCUCAUCCAGAUGUGGCCAUGACACUGAACAAUAUAGGUGAAUUGCAUAGAGAACGGGGUGAGUAUACCACUGCCUUGAAAUACUAUGAAGAUAGUCUAUCAAUGAAAAGAAAGAUUCAUGGCAGUGAUGCUCACCCAGAUGUGGCCACGACAUUGAACAACAUAGGUUUAGUGCAUAGCCAACUGGGAGAAUAUACCACUGCCUUGAAAUACUAUGAAGAUAGCCUUUCAAUGAAAAGAAAGAUUCAUGGCAGUGAUGCUCAUCCAGAUGUGGCCAUGACACUGAACAAUAUAGGU